GCAGGGGCGACUGCAGGCUGAAUAAUCGUCAAAUUCUGACCUCGUCGUUUCACUGCUAGCAGGAUCAGAUUACAUUUCUUUUAUUAUUCACUCCUCGGCUUCUUGAUCUCUUUAAGAGAAGAAGUAGAAAAGAUAAAUCCUGUCUCCAAUGCCUGGAAAGGAAAACAAAAUAACCUCAACUCCGUUUUGAAAAAAAUCUUUCCAAGAACUUUCUCCAGAGAUUUUACUUAGAUGAUUCAUACAAUGAAGAAAAAACACAUUUUUUGUGUUUCCAUAUGUUUGCUGCUUACUGGUGCCCCUGCCCUUCUUAACGCUGCUUCUGAUGACAGAGAAGAAGAGCACACAAGCAUUCCAGAUACUGAGUUGCCACCAUUGAAACUUCUAAAUUCAUUUUGUGCACUGAAGGCAGAUGAUGGCCCAUGUAAAGCAAUGAUAAAAAGAUUUUUUUUCAAUAUUCACACUCAACAGUGUGAAGAAUUUAUAUAUGGGGGAUGUAAAGGGAAUCAGAAUCGAUUUGAAAGUCUGGAAGAGUGCAAAGAAAAAUGUGUAAGAGAUUAUCCAAAGAAGUUUACAAAAGAGACAUUGCAAAAAGCACCACAACAUGAAUGCAUCCAUUCCAGUCAACAGCAUCGAAAUGCCCACCGUAAGAAAGGAGAGUUUCCCAAGCAACACACGGAACACAACUCCAAGAACGUGGCUGCCCCCAGCAGUGUGCUCUCAAUGUCAAGGAAACAUUGCCCAGAAAAGCCAGAAUUCUGUUUUUUGGAAGAAGAUGCUGGACCUUGUCGAGGUUACAUUACCAGAUAUUUCUACUACAAUCAGUCAAAACAGUGUGAACGUUUCAAGUACGGUGGGUGCCUAGGCAAUUUAAAUAACUUUGAUUCAUUGGAAGAAUGCAAGAACACGUGUGAGGAUACAUUGAAUGAAUUCCAGGUGGAUGAUUAUAAAACCCAGCUUGUUGAUAUGAAUAAUAACUCCCUGACUCCCCAACCUACCAAAAGUUCCAGUUUUUGGGAAAGCAAGAAACUAUCAAGCUGGCAGAAAGCAACUCUCCCCCGGAUGGAUCUGAAGCAUGGCAAACGUUACUGUGACUUAAUCUACAAUGAGGGAUGUGAAAGUCCAGCCCAGUCCCACACUGACCUGACCAUAUUCUGUGUGACUUGCUUCAGCCCUGAGCGCCACACCUAAGAAAUAUCAAAAAGAGUAGGAAACAUAUUUACAUUUUUACAGGACUUGAAAGUAUAAAGAGACCUGAACACUAGAGGGAAGAUUGCAUCUUCUCAGUAUUUGAAACAUUAUCAUACAAAAGGAGGGUUGAAUUCUGUAUAUGCUUCACUCUUCAGGCCUCCCCUCAUUUCAAUCCCCACAUCCCCACCCUUCUUUACCACCCUUGGCCCAGUCUAAGCAUCAGAAUUAAUGAGCAAAAUCAUUCUGUAACAUGUUUUUGUUUUAAUUUGAGAUCUUCAAAACCUGGGUGACUGCCUCAGGGAUUAGUGAGUUCCCCGAAUUGCAGGCAUUCAAGCUGUGUUCUAAAAGCACUUUUUGAUGUAAUAAAAGGGAUGCAAACUUUCAGUGGAGAUGGACAAUAUGGUAUAUUCAAAAUGCCUAAAGGUCCUUAGAUUUGAUAUUUAGAGCAAUGAAUUCAAUGCCAGAUGAAUUUCAAUCUAAUGUUUAAAUAAUUCUUUGUAAUAAGGGUAACAUAAGCAUCUUUGUGGUUCUGAUUUUUCGUCUGUAAAAUUAAGUAGUUUUGUUACACAAUUUAUUUAUGACCUUCCAGCUGUAUGUAUUUCAAUGGCAUUUUGUUUUAUCCGGUUAAAUAUCUCAUGCUAAAUGGCAUAUUAAGUAUUAUUGCUGUUGAAAACGUGAAAGUUUUGAAUGACAAACUUAACAGGUUUAAAGGCACAUGUGAAACAAUAUAUCUACAGAUAAAAGGAAUGCGUGGAAAACAGUUUUCAUUAUGUUUUGUUUGGAUACCAACUCAAAUGGAGAUCUUUAGUCAUUUGUUUUUAAAAUGAGUACAGUAGUUUAAGGGAGGAUUUUGCCUUAAAGUAUUAUGAAAUAUAUUAUUCAUGAUUUUCAGCAGGCAUACCACAAAGUUAGAAAGGAGGAAAUAAAGAAAAUAAGUGAGAAAGUAAUAUUAAUGAAUUUUAAGUACAAAAAUAUGUCCUCUUUAGUCUUUAUGCAGAUGCAUAUUGAAAAGUGUAACAAAUAAAUUGUUAUGAAUAAAUGAUUAAGGUCACUGUAAAAAUUGACAACAUGGACUUAUAAGAUAGAAAACAAUAAGAGGAUUUUGUUUAGUAGAUAUUUAAGGGAUAAUGUUUUGAUAGUAACUGCAUUUUAAAUUCAGGCAAAUGUCUGCUUUAUUCAUCUGGAGAAUUUCUUUUAUUUUUUAUUUUAUGUAUAUAUACUUGCCUCAAAAUCUAUAUUCCUCUAACAAAUUUGACCCUUUUCUCUCUUUUUAUAGGAACAUAAAAUAUUCUUUUCUUUUUCUUUUAUUUUGUAACCUUCCUAAUUUAAAACAUGCAGCAAUAUUCAGUAAUUUAUGAGAAACUUGGUACUAAAGGG